AGGACAUCGGAGGAGGAGCUCAGGCUCAGGAAGAAAAGAAGAGUUGGAGCCCCAGCGAGGGCCUUGGUAAACCACAGCGCUCAGCCCAGAAGCUGGAAUACAAAGCAGACAGAUCUGUGCUAAAGGUUAAUAAAAAGGUCCCUGAGUUGCUACGGGUACGGGGAUGCUUUAACACAAGCGAGUGAAGACUCUGCAGCAUCAUGUCUUCCUUCCACAAGAACAGCAGCUACAUGGAGGACGCUGACUACCCUGGCUACUCAGGGUCUCAGAACCACACACAGAACUAUUUGGAGACCCAAGAUUAUCGGGAUUUCCCAGGGUCUCUGGACAAUCCAGGCUUCCACCACCCCAGAAGCAACCCGCAUUCUUCGGGCUCUAGAACAAACCCAGACUACCGCUACUCCCUGGCAGAACCAGAUUAUCCUGGAUCUCCGAGUACCACAGACUAUCAGGACACCAGGAGCCACCCGUUCUCUGCACAUUCCAGAACAAGGCCAGACUAUGAGUCUUCACUUGAGCCAGACUAUAAUGACUUCCAGAGUGAAUCUUACCACACAGGUUUACCCAUGGAGCCUGACUACCCUGGCUCUCAGAGCCAUCCUGGUUUUGCAGGAGUCAGAAGAAGCAGUAUGAACUAUACAGGUCCCAGAACCAACCUGGGCUAUUUGGGAUCUCUGGAAGAGCCAGACUACCCUGGAGCUCAGGACAACUCUUACUAUCGUUCUGACCCCAGAUCCCAUUCCAACCUGCCAGGCUCCAGAAGAGAUGCAGGUUAUGCUGGGUCCAGAAUCAAUUCCUACCCAGAUGACUGGGGGGAACCUGAUUACCCAGGUGCUGAGAAGCAACCAAACUCUCCCCAUUUUUACGGAGAGCCAGACUAUCCUGGUGCUGAAGGAGGUGAUGGUUAUAGCUCUUCCAGGUCAAUCAGGAGGAGCAAUGGCCCCUUUGGCAUGCUAGGCAGGAAGAAUGAAGAUUACCCUGAAGGCAUUGGAAUGGUAUCUAUGGAGAUGGCAGGUGAUCCUAGAAAUGGCUAUGAGAACCCUGCUUACACGAGAGGAAGUAGUUCUGUCUGUCCAGAUAGAAACCUGUUGCUGUGCGCACAUGAUUGGCACACAUCACUCCCAGGACAGAAACUAAUUGCAUCCCUGAUUCCCAUGACAACUAGAGACAGAAUCAAAACCAUCAGGAACCAGCCAAGGACCAUGCAAGAGAAGAGGGAGCUUAGAAAAAUAGUUGACAAAGAAAAGAACAAACAGUCCCAUGGCAUCCUCGAGGCCAACUGCUGCGCUCAGUGUCUGAGCUCCCUUUCACUGGCUUACCGCAGGACCAGGAACAGUCUUUCAGAGCUCCUCAAUUACCUCACCUUGUGGCAGAAGAGAUUCAAGGUCAUCGGAGGCAAGUUUGGAACCAGCGUCCUGUCCUAUUUCAGCUUCCUGAGGUGGCUUUUGAAGUUCAACAUCUUCUCAUUCGUCUUGAACUUCAGCUUCAUCAUCAUCCCACAAUUCACCGUGGGUGCGAAGAACACCCUCCAGUUCACUGGCUUGGAGUUUUUCACAGGAGCGGGUUAUUUUGGGGACACGGUGAUGUACUACGGGUUCUACACCAAUUCUACAAUCCGACAUAGGAUGGGCAGAGCAUCAUACAACAUGCAGCUGGCCUACAUCUUCACAAUCGGAGCCUGCCUGAUCAUCUGCUUCUUCAGUCUACUCUUCAGUAUGGCCAAGUACUUCCGGAACAACUUCAUCAACCCCCACAUAUACUCCAGAGGGAUUGCUAAGCUCAUCUUUUGCUGGGACUUCACUGUCACCCAUGAAAAAGCUGUAAAGCUAAAACAGAAGAAUCUGGGCACAGAGAUCAGGGAGAACCUGUCUGAGCUCCGCCAGGAGAACGACAGACUCACAUUCAACCAGCAGCUGACCCGAUUUUCUGCUCAUGUAGCCGCUUGGCUCGUCUCUACUGGAGUGACCGCAGCCUGCUGUGUAGCUGUCUACUACUUGGCUGAGUAUAACUCUGAGUUCCUGAAGACGCACAGGAACCCUGGGGCGGUGUUGUUACUGCCCUUUGUUGUUUCCUGCAUCAACCUGGCCGUGCCUCGCUUCUACUCCAUGUUCCGCCUGGUGGAGAGGUAUGAGAUACCAAGACAGGAAGUCUACGUCCUCUUGAUCCGAAACAUCUUUUUGAAGAUCUCCAUUGUUGGAAUUCUUUGCUACUAUUGGCUCAACAUCGUGGCCCUGUCUGGCGAAGAGUGCUGGGAGACCCUCAUUGGCCAGGACAUCUACCGGCUCCUUCUCAUGGACUUCGUGUUCUCCUUGGCCGAUUCCUUACUGGGGGAGUUUCUGAGGAGGCUCAUUGGGAUGAAGUUCAUCACUAGUCUCAGCCUACAGGAGUUUGACAUUGCCAGGAAUGUUCUAGAACUGAUCUACGCACAAACUCUGACCUGGCUUGGAAUUUUCUUCUGCCCUCUGCUGCCUUUUAUCCAAAUGAUCACUCUCUUCAUUAUGUUCUAUGUCAAAAAUGUCAGCCUGAUGAUGAACUUCCAGCCCCCAAGCAAGGCCUGGCGGGCCUCGCAGAUGAUAACUUUCUUCAUUUUCUUGCUCUUCUUCCCGUCCUUCACGGGAGUGCUGUGCACCCUGGCUAUCACCAUCUGGAGACUGAAACCUUCAGCUGACUGUGGCCCGUUCCGAGGUCUGCCUUCCUUCAUCCAAUCCAUCUACAGCUGGAUCGACACUCUGAGCCGCAGGCCUGGCUACCUGUGGGUCGUCUGGAUCUACCAGAACCUCAUUGGAAGUGUGCACUUCUUCUUCAUCCUCACCCUCAUUGUGCUAAUCAUCACCUAUCUUUACUGGCAGAUCACAGAGGGGAGGAAGGUCAUGAUUCGGCUGCUCCAUGAACAGAUCAUUAAUGAGGGCAAAGAUAAGAUGUUCCUGAUAGAGAAAUUGACCAAGCUACAGGAUGUGGAGAAGAGAGUCAACCCCAGUGCGCUUGACCUGGAAAGGAGAGAGGUGGAGCCACAGAGCCCUUUGCAUUCAGAGGAACUUGGUGCUGCUCCUGACCUGCGAUUGAGGCGGUCAGCACAAGAAGAGAAUCCCAUAGCCUGAUCACUGUUGUGUGUUGUGGAAGCCAGAUGCUGGUCAGAGGGGAAAGAAGGUAAACAUAAUGAGACCACCUCCAUGACCGUUGGGCCUCAGCAGCUUCUCGGGAGUGGAAUCCAAGCCCGAGGCAGAGAGGAAUCGGAUCCACAGUGCAAACAGCUCCAUGAAAAAGGGCAUGCUUUAUUUCCAACCUGGACUGCUGAUUUUUCUUCCAAAAAAAAAAAUACUUGGAAUUUUCCUAUUAAAACUGUUAAAAUGUUGAAAUUAUUCCACAAACAUCUGGGAAGAGGUAACCUGGGACUGUUGCAUUUUUAUCUUUAAGAAAUACAUGUCUGCAUGGUGGGGCCUUUACGACUCUCUUCCCAGACCUGGCAAAGGUUUAGAAACUGGUGCUAAUAAUAAUGGUUCAUAAUGAAUAAAAAAAUGUGAUGGUCAA